AUGGCCAGAUGUCUGCAAGCAGAGGCGACCUGUCCAGUGUGCCUAGACUUUUUCUCCUAUCCUGUUUCUAUCUCCUGUGGGCACACAUUCUGCUCUUGUUGCAUUAAAAAGUGGAUGCGAGAAAGAAAGAAUUUGAGAAUGAUCUGCCCCAUGUGUCGAGAAGAACUUGAGGAUUCUCACUUUGAUGAAUUUCAUCUUAGAAACCUGAAGCUCCUCAUCCAGCAGCACUUCCCCUUACUGGAGCAGAGUCUGCACGUGAGCCAGAAGCUCCUGAGGUUCCGGGAGGAUGUGACCCUGGAUGCAGCCACGGCCAACUCCCUGCUGGUCCUCUCUGAUGACCUGAGGAGUGUCCGGUGUGGGAAGGUCUGCCACAGCCCCCUGGAUGAUCCCAGGAGAUUCACCCACCUGGCCUGUGUACUGGGCACCCCCAGCUUCUCCGCUGGCUGCCAUUACUGGGAGGUGGAAGUUGGGGAAGGCAAGGAGUGGGCUCUGGGUGUCUGCAGGGAGUCGGUUGACAGAGAGACAAAGAGCAAUUUAUCCCCUGAGCAGGGCUUCUGGCUGAUCAGCAUGAGGGCAGGAGCAAUCCAUGCCAACUCCAUCCCAGAACAAAGAAUUCCUGCAAGCUCUGGCCUUCGCCGUGUAGCAGUUUUCCUGGAUGUCGAGUUGGAAGAAAUCAAGUUUUUUGAUGUUGGAAAUGAUGCCCUCAUUUGUAUACAUAGUUCUCUCUCCGUUGUGGAGCCUUUGCGUCCAUUCUUCUGUCCUGAGCUGCCUGGAGAGGGUGACUUUGGUGCCCCCCUGAGCAUCUGCCCAUGA